AUGUUCCCGAGUGAUCCUGUAUCCGUAGUUGUCGCCGUCCUCGGCGGCCUGUUCCUCCUCCGUGCCGGGCUAUCCUUCAAGUGCCUGCUCUACCUCCUCGGGCGGUGGUGGUCGUGGUUGGACGAGCACACGCAUGCUUAUCAGCACUUCGAGAUCCCGCGAUACACCGAGAGCGGGCUGGAGAACCCCCUCAUUCGCCACGCCACCGCCUAUGUCGCUUCCCUUUCCUCCCAUGAGUGCGCUGUCGCUAUCGUCUCAUCUGGCUACGAGCCCAAUGAGUUCUCUGUCCACCCCGCCCCCGGUCACCCUGUGCCCGACUCCUUUCUCGGCUGCCGCCUCUCCUGGUCUGCCACUGGUGGAGGGGACCGCCUCGUCCUUCGCCUCCGUCGCCAGGACUGCUCACGCGUCCUACGCCCCUACCUCCAGCACGUCGAGUCCGUGGCCAAGAACCUCGAGCUCCGUCGGCGCGAGACCAAUCUCUUCGUCAUCUCCAGAGGGGGCGGGGAAAGUGGAGAGCCGAGGUGGAGGCCGGUGGCGCCUUUCACACAUCCGGCGAGGCUCGAUACGGUGGCGAUGGACCCGGAGGUCAAGGCCUGGGUGCGUGCCGACCUCGAGGCGUUCCUCAACGGGCGGGCCUACUACCACCGCGUCGGCCGCAACUGGCGGCGGAGCUACCUCCUCCACGGCCCCCCGGGGACGGGGAAGACCUCCUUCGCCGCCGCCAUUGCCAACUUCCUCUGCUACGACGUCUACGACCUCGACCUGGCCCUCGUCUCCGACGGCAUAGACCUGAAGGCCCUCCUCCUCGCCACGGGCACCCGGUCGGUGAUCCUCGUCGAGGACCUCGACCUCUACCUCAGCGCAAAGGGAGGCCACGAAGGCAACUCGAGGCACGCCAGGAUGCUGAACUUCAUGGACGGCAUCUUAUCGUGCUGCGGCGACGAGAAGGUGAUGGUGUACACAAUGACCAGCAUAGAAGCGGUGGCCACGGCGGUGCUGCGGGAGGGUCGGCUCGACGUCCACAUCCACUUCCCGAUGUGUGACUUCCAAGCAUUCAAGACGCUGGCGAGAAUCUACCUGCGGCUGAACGACCACAAGCUGUAUCCGAUGGUGGAGGAGGUGUUCCAGAGCGGCGCAAAGAUGAGCCCGGCGAAGGUCGGCGAGAUCAUGAUCGCGAACAGGGGGUCACCGAAGCGGGCGCUGAAGUUGGUGAUCACGGAGCUGCAACAUUUGUCGUCGGCGCCGAACUUGGGACAACAACUGCUUGAGCGGAAGGACCGCGGCGGCGAUGGGCCGGUGGCAGAGGACGACCCACCGACCGUGAGGGAGAUCGGAAGAUGGUGUGGGGUAAUCAGGACAAGGAGUAGGCGGCUUUGUUGACGCCGGUGAAGCUGGCGGCCGCCUCAGAUUGGACGUCGGAUAAGUUGGAUCCCAUCGAAGACUUACUGAUCUUUGGGUCGUUUAGCUCAGAUCAGAACACUCGCCCGUUUGUUCUUACUAUAUAUUCAUCCAAUAAUAAUUGAUUGAUUUUUUUUUUUCUCUCAGGAACUAUAGAUGACAAAUGAUUUGAUCUCAGGGUGUUGCUACAAGGAGAAUAUUUUAUGUAUUUAUU